AUGCGAGAACCUCUACGCCCCGUCGAAGCUGGCGAGGCCAGAGUCCCUCGGAGUGACUCUUUACUUACUCUCACCAACAACCCCUCCUCGUUCUCGUCCACAACCACCUCCACUUUCGAAGCUCGAACGUCAAGAAACUCGAGCAAGGAAUGCGCAAAGCGAAACCCAAUGGGCCAAAUGGAGAAAUUGACGAGGACGGCAGAGGUGUCCCAGAGAUUCCUCUACCAUGAACUCGAUUCCUCCUACAUGACCGUCGUGCUCGUCACUCUCUUCUUCAUCUCGGGUCUCGUCGACAGCGUCGCUUUCAACAGCUGGAACUGCUUCGUCAACAUGCAAACAGGAAACACCGUCUUCGCUGCGCUUGGUAUCGGUGGACAGCCGCAAGCCAGUCACAAGCAACAGUACUACAAGUCGUUGACCUCGAUCGGCGCCUUCUGCCUCGGAUCGCUCUUCUUCAGCGCUCUUCACCGGUAUCCCACGGGCUUGCAUAACCCGCCUUUAUCCCUCCGACGGCUCAAUCUCAUCAUCUCUUUCCUGGUGCAGACGUGCUUGAUGGUCAUCGCCACAAGUCUGAUCACGACGCACGAGGUCUCCAACCUGCCCUUCGCGCCCGGCACCUUCUCCUCCGGGAGCGACAAGGUAUCCUCGUCGAUGGUCAACUUCCUCGACCUGUGUCCCAUCGCGCUGAUUUCCUUCCAAGCCGCCGGACAAGUCGCGCUGUCUCGACUCCUCGGGGUCAUUGAAUUACCCACCAUCGUCCUCAGCGCGCUAUACCACGACUUCAGUGCGGACUUGUAUAGACUACGAGACUCCUGGCAGAAGAGCUCCAGCGUGUGGGAGUUCUUGGCCGUGCACGAGAAACGUCAGGAGAAGCGCGUCGCGUGUAUUAUCGCCCUAUUCACCGGCGGCAUCGUCGGCGGCGAAAUGUACAAGUCGACUGCAGGCAUGGGAGGAGCGCUAUGGCUCGCUUCGGGACUGAAGUUUGCCAUCGCCGUCGGAUGGUUCUUCUGGAGAAAGGACAAGGACAGCAGUGACAAUGGCGAGGAAUUGCCACGUUGA